AUGGGGUUCGGACGCGGAGGCCUCGGCGCCGGGAAAGCACCGCUCAUAGGCGACGAUGGCGCCAAAGGGAGGGACAUGGAAAGUAUCAACGGCUCAUCCUCUCCUGGUGGAGAAGGACCGCGGGGUCAGCUGGAUGGCUUGCGGAAUCAUUCCGACGGAAAAAUUACUGCAGCUGCUGCGCGCGCUUCUCCCGCUGUCGCCACCGCUAUUGGGCAAAGAGAGCGGCGACGCUUGGGCGGCAAGGGCAAGGAUAAGAAAAACCAAGACGGGAAAGAGGACGAGAAGGGAAAAAACAAGAGGGAGGCAAAGAACAAGAAAAAGAAGGACGAGGAUAAGAAUGACAAAGGCGCCGGAAAAAAGGCGAACAAGAGUCACGGCAGCGACGACAACGGUGAUGGCGACGGCAACGGCGGCGGCAACGGCGGCGGCGAGGAGGGAUCGGGCGGUGAGGACGCGCAUCCCUCCGGCGGCGUUGACGGUCCCGAGAUCGAGGGGUCGGCCGAGGAGGUAGACGAAUCAGGGCCCGAACCCGAAGUAGCGGACGGUUUGGGCGAAGUAGAGGUCGACGUCCAGGUCGAAGCCAAGGACGACGGCGCUGAUCGGCCGCCGAAAGCCGAGAUCGAAGAGGCGGGGGGAGAAGAGGAGGGAGACUCGACCGAUGGGGGCGAUGACGUUGAAAGCGGCUCUAGUAGCGGGAAGAGCGAGAGCACAGGCGCUGCUGAUGCGACCCAAUCAACGGCGUCGUCAUCGGACCAGCGUGACUCUUCCGGAGACUCGCCGGUGGUGGAGGAUGUGGGGGGAAGCGACGUCGACGCGGAAGAGCGAGAAGAUGGAGGGACAGGAGGAAGAGGAGGGUCACCAGCGGGGCCAGAAGAGGCGGGGGAGGAAGGGGGCGUGGAUGGGGAGGAAGCGGCGGGUGGGGAGGAAGCGGCGGGGCCGUUGGGAGAAGUGUUUGAAAAGGAAGAGGGCGACGAGAUGAAGCAAGAAGAGGAAGAGCAGGAGGGGGAGGAGGCGCAGGAGGAGGAAGCCCUCGAAAGGGCGGACGGGGCGAUAAUGCCAGACCAGGAGGAGGAAGAGGAGGAGCAGCAGCAGCAGCAACAGCAACCGGGAGAAGGGGAAAUGACCCAAGAAGCCGACGACGGAACUGGGUUAGCAGAUUCUCCAGCACCGCACGACGAAGCGGGUAGCAGCCAAGAAGAGGCAGGAGCCUCCGUUUCUUCUUUCCAAGACGAGCGCUUGGCAUCGGAUGAGGAGGGCGGAGGAGAGGAAGACGAUUCUGUCGGCGGUUCCGCGGCGGUGGCGCCCGAGCAGCCGCAGCCGCCAACGGACUCUUUGGAAACCCCGGAGACAGAUAUCCAGGAAGCCUUGCUUGCGCCAAGCGGGGAUGGGGAUGCUGCCCUAGAAACCAUGUCUGCGACGGAAGGUGUCGACCGAGGGAGCCCGAGGCCGGUGGCGACGGCUGUCGAGUUAGAGACGGCUGUUGAGGUAGAGACGGCUGUUGAGGUAGAGACGGCUGUUGAGGUAGAGACGGCUGUUGAGGUAGCAGGAGAAGGAGGGGAAGGCGCGUCGUCAGCCUCGGUUACGACUUCGGCCGCGACAAGCGCCCCCGAGACCACAACGGUGCAAGAUUCGCCGGCCUCCGACGCCGUCCAGCCUGCAGGAGACGGGGCCGAAGGGGGAGAAGCAAAAGCAGCAGAAGAAGAGCCGCUCGAGGGCGCGGGCGAGGAGGAGGAGGAGGACGAUCUCGGCGAGGAUGAGGAGCAGGGGGUCGUCCAACCUCCUGGAGACGGUAGGGAGGAAGGAGAAGAGGAGCCGCGCGAGGGCGCCGGCGAGGGGGGCGGGGACGAGCAGGGGGGUUGGGUGCAACCGGGCGACCCGGAGCCUGCUCCGCAAGGAGGUGGCGCGGGCAGCCUCGGAGAUCAGGCGGGCACGACGGUGGCGGCGGCGGCGGUGACGCCAGGUGAAGGAGGAGAGGGCUCGGCGGCAGAGGACGAAGUCGGUGCCGAGGCAAGCGCCGAGAGCAGCGAGCCGCUCGCCGUCCUUGUUCCCGCCGACACUUCGGGAGAAGAAUCGCCCGCCCUCCUGAACGGCACCCCCGUUGCGCCGGCCCCCGCGGAGAGCGUCGACACCCGCCCUGGGGAGGAGGAGGAUGAGAAGGGUGAGGAGGGUGGCGAAUCGGCAGGAGUUCCGCCGCCAGGGAAAGGGAUGGGUCAGAGCGAGGGUUGGGGCUGGGACUGGGACCAUGGGCCGGGGGAGGAUUUGCCUGGCCCUGAAGGCGGUCCCGAACCAGACCCUCUUGAGGAGGGGGGCGACACGGAAUCGCCGCCAGAGGAAGGGACGGGCCGGGGUGAUGGCGGCUGGGACUGGGGAGACAAACCCGCCACCGCCGCCGCCGCUCCGGCUGACGAUCUUCCGCCAGCCCCGCAGGAGCCGGUGGGUGGCGGCGAUGGUGGAGCCGUUGCUCACGGAGGAGACGCGAGCGAGGGGGAUAGCUUCGGCUGGGGCUGGGGCGGCGAUGGGCAGACCCCCGCCGCCGCCGCCGCCGCCGCCGCCGCUCCGGCUAACGAUCUGCCGCCAGCCCCGCAGAAGCCUGUAGAUGACGGCGAUGGUGAAGCCGUUGCUCGCGGAGGAGACGCGAGCGAAGGGGAUAGCUUCGGCUGGGGCUGGGGCGGCGAUGGGCAGGCCGCCGCCACCCCGCCUCAUGGCGAGGAAGAAGAAGUUCCGCAGCCUGUCUCCGGCAGCACCGGGCUGCCUGGCGGUAGUGCGUCCGGCGUUGACGGCCUCGGGCAGGAGGAGGAGGGUGUGUCGCCAGGCAAAGGCGAGGACGGAGAUGGCGCGGCGGCGGCGGCGGCGGCUGAGGGAGAAGGAGCAAGCGGCGGCGGCACCUGGUACUCGGGUGACGGCGCGUCCCCUACGGCAGCAGCAGCAGGAAGCGAAGGCUCCCCCCAGGUCGCCCUUGCGCAGCCCCAAGACAGCAGCAGCAGCAGCGCUGCCGGAGGCCGCGGCGAUGCUAGCCACCCCGAGGAAGAGAACUCAAGAGCCGUCGCCUUUCAACAAGCGCCGCGCGGAGAAGAAGAAGAAGAUGAGGAAGAACGUGGGGGCGGCGGCAGCUGGGAAUGGGGUCCGGGCAGAGGGGGCGGCGGGGCCCCGGCGACGGCUCCGGAAGAAGCACCCACGGGAGAUGGGCAACCGGCGGGGGAGGCGCUGGUAGCACCCCCAGGGGGCAACGCAGAAGACAGCGGCAGUGGUUCCCAGGACGGGGGCGCUGGGCAAGGAGGGCAGCAGGGCGUCCCUGGCGAAGCGGCAGCGGCAACAGCAGCAGCAGUAGCGACAUCUGUGGAAGAAGAUCCGGUCGCCGAGGGCAGCGCCGCGGAAGGCCACCAGGAUGGCUACGAAGGAGGAGGAGAAGGAGGAGAAGAAGGAGGCGAGGAGUCUUCUCACGCCGAGGACAACGGCCGCGGCGGCGAGUCUACGCCGGAGACGGCAGAGACGGAGGCGUCAGGCACGACGAUCGCAACCGGCAGCGGCGACGGUGGAGAAGAGGGGUGGGGGGUGGUCAACGGGGGGGGGGUGGUCGAUGGCGCGGGGGUGGUCGAUGGUGCGGGGGUGGUGGACGGGGGGGGGAUCCCCACGCAGCCUGCCUCCACCAGCGGCGGCGGCGGUUCAGGCUUGUCGGCAGCAGCGGAGGAGGAGGCGGAGCAGGAGGACGAGGAGCGGUGGCAAGUGCAGAGCACGACCGGGGCAGGGGACGCGCCGGCGGCUGAAGGAGGGGCGGGGAGGAUGUACGGCGACCGCUUGGACGACCGGGGACCGACGGAGCUUGCGGGGGUGCCCGCUUCCGCCGCGACGGGCGCGAGCAGCGGCCAAUACUCGGCCGCCGAGGGGAGCGACGAUGUCUCGCCUCCAGCUAACCCGCCGGUCGAGAGCGCGACCGGCGGCGAUAGUGGGGAUGGCUACGGCGGCGGCGGCGGCGGCGGCGGCGGCGGCGGCGGCGGCGGCGGCGGCGACGGGAACAAGGGCAAGCAGUGCACGUCGGACGCGGACUGCGGGGGCGAGCACCUGGCGUGCGGUGGCCACGGCUUGUGCAAGUGCCGGUUCCCGUGGAGGGGCGAGUCCUGCCAGGAGGACGCCUGCCCGGGCAAGUUCCUGUCGUGCGACGCGUGCCACGAGUCCAACAAAGACGUACCGCCGGCGGAGGGCGGCAGCACGUUCCUGUGCGUGUGGGCGGAGGACGAGGGCAGGUGCAGGAGCAGCCCCUCCACGGUCUCGGCGCUCCCGGAAUGCUCGGAUGCUGCUGCUGCUGCUGCGCCGGCAUCGGAGGUGGCGGAGGCGGCGGUGUCGUCGUCGGAGCAGGCGGCGGCGGCAGGAGGGGCGCCGUCGCUCAGAGAUCCGCAACAGCAGACGCCCACCGAGCUGCUGUACACCGCGGGCCUGCCCCUCCUCGUGGUGGUGUUGGUCGGGGGGCUGCUUAUGUUUGUCACGAAGUGCGUCCGGAAGUGCUCGCGGGGAGGCUCGGACGGACCGAACUACACCCCAGUUGACACCGCGAACGUCGAGGAGUCUUCCGGCGGGGAGUGGGCGUGGGACGGGGAGCAAGAAGACGACAUCGAGAUGCCCCCGAAGCCAUCCCCGCCCCCCCCCGCCGCCACCACCACCACCACCAGCGCCGGGGGCGGGCGGCGCGGGGGGGGCUCUCGAGCGCAGCCCGGGGGGCCUAUGCCGGGCAGCAGAAACCCGGCAUCGUCGAUGGUGCUUGCCGGGUCGGAGUCGCGAGAUGGCGCGGCGGCGGCGGCGGCGACGGCAAGGAACGGGGCGUCUAGGCCCUCGAAGCCGGGGAGGGGAUCGAAAGGCGGCGGCGGCGGCGGCGGCGGCGGCGGCGGCCGGGGGCGCCGGGGAGGAAGGGGCGCCAGCGGCGGUUCUGCCAGGGCGAGACAGCAAUCCGACGGCACGAUCGGUAUCCUUGCGGACGACGACCUCUUUGCGGAGCUCGGCAUCGAGGCGAAACCAACCUUCCGGGAGAAGAAGCCCCGCCCGGGUCAGGCGGCGGACCGAAGCUUGGCCCUUCAGGCAUCGGAGGCGACGGGUGGUGCGGCCUCAUGGGUGGAUGACGACCUGGACGAUCUCCUAAAGUGA